AUGUCUGGUGCUGCACCACAGGACGUGACGGAAAUUUUAGCCGGUGUAUCUACCCUGUAUGAGGCACUCGAAUCGAUGUGCGUGAGAAAUGGCGAUAAGUAUAUGGAAAUCAUGAAAAUACUUCCCAAGCGCGACGCUGAUCAUCAGACUGAGGCGCUAUUGCGGGAAAUUUCUCGUCUGGUGCCUUCGGAGCCAUUUGUGGCUGUAUUUGGUAAAACGAGAGCGCCUGCCAUGCUGUUUUUUGCACCUACACUCUUGUUGAAAGCAGCAACGCUGCUGGCGUCCCCACAGGGUGAUAUUGACACCUCUGGCGAGGAGUGGUGCGCCAUCAGUAGCUUUCUCCUGGCGACACAGAGUGAUCUGCUCGCCUCGCCGGGGCAGCGGGUGGUGCGAGUUGUGGCACUUCCGGAUCCUCCACACAUGCCCUCGAUUAAGCACACACGUGCAUGGUCAUCAAUUCUCAAAAAACCCCUUUUAGAGGAUGUGGUGCCACUCCCACCUUAUGCUUCUCAUUUAAAAGAUGUGCUAGACGCGGCCAACUUUGGGUGUGCGAUGUACUUUAUCAUCUGUGGACUUGUGCACUUGUUGCAGGUUAUUUUGACAGCCCCAAAACGCAUUGUUUGUGGUUCAGGGACGCUGGGAUUAUGUAGGGAAAUAGUGCGCUUAUUGCUGUCACCAACUGUCUUAAUUUAUGGUUCAAAAGAGAUAAAUAUCCAGGUAGCCAGCGCCUCUCUGCUUGUUGCAGUAAGAGGUGCGCUUGACAUGCGAGAGGCCGUUGGCGAAAUGCGACAGGAACUACUAAUAGAGCAGUGGAUCAUCUCUAUCCGAUGUUGGUUUGAUUUGGCCACUCAGUCUGGUAACGCCGCAUGUAUGCAGUUCCUGUUUCCCUACAUGCUUUCUUGGGACAUUUUAUUAAAUGACUGA